GUCAGAUCAAGACUGUAGUACUACUACUGCGUCGUAGUUUUUGUCGCAGCAUCGUGUGUAUAGCACGAUACUUCUGUCAUUUGAGGUCCUACGUACUACUUCGGGCCGCUGAAACAAAUUCAUUCUUGUGCAAUGAAUGGCACCAGCCUAUGCCCUUGCGUCGGUGGGCGAUUCACUCAGGUUCUUACCACGACCGAAGCUGGCACAAAUUCAGGUUUGUUUGAGGGCGGCAGUUAUCUGCUGGGGACCUUUCUGCUCGCGCCAACGGCACUGGGUGUCUUUAAGUAUCCGCAGGCCUACGGCGCAAAAUGUGGAACCGCCUGGGACGCGGAGCUGCCUCCCUACUGCCGUACGAGCAGCACCACCUCCGGCACUGGGUUGCCUGGUACGAGUGACCACACCACGUCUUCCGUGGCGGCUUCGUGCGCGCAGCCGUGGUGCUACGUCGAUGCGGACGCCUGUCGAGGCGUAAGCCGCUACCCGAGUGAGUACUUCAAGGGCCGAGUUUACUCGUACGACACCUGCUUAGCCGCGGCGGCCUCUCCUGAGAUAAACGAUGGGUCAUUUACCUCUGCAGCUGUCGUGAAGACCGACUCAAUCUUUACUGCGGAUGGCAGCCUCCAAUUUGGCAUGGCGUUCCACCAAACCGUGGUUUCCACCGGGCUCCAGGGCCGCACCCUGCGGUUCGCGUUUCCGGCCGAAUCGAAGCCCUGGCACUGGCGGGACUCGACGGGGCGUUGGACGGGACUGAUGGCGGAUUAUCUGCGCGCCAUCUCGAUCGAGGGCGGAUUCUCGCUCCGGGAGGUGACGCACGCAGGAACGACACAGGUCUUCGCGCCGAAUCGUGCAACGGCGUCCACGACCGGUGCGGGAACUAGUACAUCUAGAAGCAGCCUGACCGCGUUUUCCCGGGAAACCUUUAAAUCGGCCUGGGACGCGUGCAUUCACGAUGUGCAGAUGGGGGUGAUCGACGUGUGUCCCACGGCGGCUUGGUUGGUGGACAACCGACGCGCGAUGACCGCAUUUACACAGCCUCUGUUGAACGGCGACCAGCGCCUUCUCGUGCGGCGGUACAAGAGGCGCAGCUUCUGGUCGGACCCGACCCAAUGGUUCGGCGUGUUCUCGCCCUUCUCACCCACGCUGUGGUUGGCAACAUUUUUCAUCUGCGUGGGGGGUGGGCUUCUGCUCGUGCUCGUUGAGGGUCCGGCCUGCGUUUCCGAGGAGCACAGUGAGCCAGACCUUCAACAUCAUCAAAACUGUGCAGACAAAAACGAUGUUUGUACACCAACUCUUCCGCAAGAAGAACAAAAAUGCAGUAUUAUAUGGGCUGAGGAGGAAAGCAAGAGUGAGAGACGGGACCACCACUGCGACGUCCGCGGCAACGGCAGCGACGCCGGAACGGCGUCGCAGGAUAAGAGCUCUGGGUCGGUUGCUAAUCAAACCCCAGGUGCGGGCGGCCCUUCAAGCGACGCAUAUAAGCAACUUCCUCACGACGACCCGGAGAAGACGGUUCUCGGUCGUCUCUGUUUUGGAUAUGAAAGGUGCAGCGCGGAACGGCGCAAGACUGCAUUUUUUGCACUCUGCACCUCCGUCUACCUGUCGCUUUAUGGGCUGCUGGUGUUGGACUUGGACGUGCCCCACAAGUGCACGACGUUCAAGGGGCGUACGGUGAAGUACCUGCUUGCCUGUAUCAUUUUCGUCACGAUCACCUCCUACACGGCGAAUCUGGCCUCCAACCUGAUGCUCGAGCACACACGGCACUGCGGCGUGACCGAUAUCACGAAGUGCUACGCGCGCGGCCGGUUUGCGCCCGGGUCAGUGCUGGCGGACAGUGUGGAGGACAACACGGCGGCUGGUAGGAGCGAUCCGGCGAUCUACGACGGGGAGGACGCCUGCCGGCGGGUCUGCGUGGCCACGCACGUGGCGAAGGCCGUGCACGCGGUGCAUCCCGCCUUGUCGCUGCUCGUGUUUCCCGGGAGCAAGCAGACCAUGCAAGGCAUGGUGUUGCGGCGCUGCGACGGGGUGCUGCUGCCGGAGCACGACGUGCGCGCGCGGGAAGAUUUUCAGAAGUUUCUGGUCGAUCACGAUCUCAUUGUCGUGGGGCCGCCCGUUCUGCCCAUGGGCGUGGCGACGCCGGUCAGCCGGGACAUCGCCCUUUCCUACAGUUACCUGAGCGCGCGGCUGUACGACCAGGGCGAUUUUUUCUACUUGCACGAGCGGUACCGUGAUAAGACCGUCCCUGACCUAGACGCCUGGAGCGAGGGGACAGACACCACCGCGGCUGCCACCGCGGGUGGCGGCGAUAACGGCAUGCAGAUGCAGGUGCGGCACAUGGUCGGCCUAUACAUUAUCGCCUUUCUGACUCUCGUCGUCAGCUUUACGGGGGAUUUGCUGGUGCCGUUGCUGUACAAACGCACGCUCGCUCCCGCCGCACGAAAGACGUCGCAGCUGCUUGUCAAGGUCUGCUCGCCGCAGAAGGAACUCAGUCAGCAGGGGAGUGCAACCGUGGGUGGCGGAGCGUUUCUGGAGGAUAUCACAGUGGAGGAGAGCGAGGUAGAAGACGGGAAUACGAUGAAGCAGAUUAGCGCGCGUGAGGCAAAUCAACGUAGGAGGUCGUCGACAAAACUUCUAAAGUUUCUCUUUUGACGGAUAUAUUCAAGCAUGGUUUUAUCUUGAUCGACUUGUUUCGCACUUAUCUUAUGGAUGGCAAAUGAAAAAUUAUAUUUAGGCUAGUGGUGCGUUUCUGUUUCUUUACUUCUUCCGGUCUUUUUAGAGUUUUCGCAGCGCGGCGCCUAGCGAGCGCGAUCAUGGCAGAAACCAGUGAGCCGCUGCGUUUUAAGUAUGGGGUCGCUCAGUGUAGCAAGGCACUUUACUCACAGCAGCGCUGUGGGCUGGGCUGUU